AUGCUUUCAAAAACACUUUUCAACAGAAAGUCAGCAUCAGUCUUUCAACAAUACACCAAGUCUUCAUUAUCCCAAAGACUCUUUUCCACCACUACUAAUUUAUGCAAUAAUAACACAUCAUCAAUUAAUAGAGUUGUUUUUUCGGGAAUUCAACCAACAGGAAAUCUUCACCUCGGAAAUUAUUUAGGAGCUGUUAAAAAUUGGAAAUUCUUUUGUGUUGUUGAUUUACAUGCCAUCACAGUUCCUCAAGAUCCUAAAACCCUCAAAGAGUCAUCAUUUAAUUUAAUUGCCAUGUUGCUUGCCUGUGGAUUAGAUCCUAAAAAGUGUUCACUCUUUUUCCAAUCUCAAAUUCCAGCUCACUCUCAACUUUCUUGGAUUCUUGGAUGUUUUAUUACAGAAAAUAGAUUAAAGAGAAUGCAUCACUAUAAGGAUAAAAAGAAUGAUCUCAGUUCAAUUGGUUUAGUGAGUUAUCCUGUAUUAAUGAGUGCUGAUAUUUUACUGUAUAGUUUAAAGGGAAAUGAAUUGUACAUUCCAGUUGGUGACGAUCAAAGACAACAUUUGGAAUUGGCACAAGAAGUUGCUCAACAAAUGAAUUUCAAAUUUGAUGGAUUGUUUGAUGUUCCUAGAGGAAUUUAUCCACCUCAUGCCUAUCGUGUUAUGAGUUUGAGAGAUGGCACUAAAAAGAUGAGUAAGAGUGAUACAAGUGACAUGUCUAGAAUUAAUUUAGUUGAUGAAGAUGAUGUCAUUCUUCAAAAGAUUAAGAAGGCCAAGACUGACACAUUGGAUGGGCCUAUUUACUAUAAUAAGGAUACAAGACCUGAGGUUACAAAUUUGAUAGAUAUUUAUGCAGCAUUGAGAGGAAUGACAGCAGAACAAGUUGUUCAAUCCUAUUCCCACAUUACUGAACAAGCUAAUUCUAAAUUCAAAAAGGAAUUGGCAGAGGUUGUUAUCGAAUCUAUUAGGCCAAUCAGAGAAAAUUACAAACACUACUUGAAUAACCCGGAAUUCAUUCAUCAAGUUGUUCAAGAUGGUGCUGAUUAUGCUAAUCAUGUAACACAAGUGGCACUUCGUGAAAUUAUGGACCAAGUAGGAUUCUACAAGAAACCUUAA